GAGACCGAGACCACGUUGCUUUCCACACGGCAGCUAGGCAGCCGAUGCAGCGUCUCUCGUCGCCACGUACCCCCUCAACUCGAACACUCGGAAGGAAGCCAUUAAAAACUCCCCUCGGACACACUCUUCACUCCAGUACCAGACUACCAGUAUACGCUACCAGAAAAAACAUCCUCAGAUUGGCAAUGGCGCAGAUGAGAGUUUUCGGCGACGAGCAUGGGCAGCAAGAAUUGCUGCGCGGCGAGUUCCACGGCAGCAGCAGCGACAAAGGGGACAACAGCAGCAACAAGAAGGCCCGCGCGGGCCUGUGCGGCCUGCUCCGGGAGCGCAAGGUGCUGGAGCUUGCCCGGGGCAAGCGGCGGCUGGUGGAGGUCCCCUACACGGCGACGCUGGCGCACGCGGCCAACGCGCUCCUGGCCGGCCGCGUGUCCGCCGUCACCGUGGCCGCGCCGCCGGGCCACUGGAUCGGCGCCGGCGGCUCCAUGAUCGUCGAGUCCGACCCGGCCACCGGCGCCGCCCGCAAGCAUUACAUCGGCAUGGUCAACAUGCUCGACAUCGUCAUCCACAUCGCCGAGGCCGGCCAAGACAACGAAGACGACGACCUCGACCGCCGCAUGGCCGUGCCGGUCUCCUCCGUCAUCGGCCACUCCCUCGAGGGCCUCACCCUCUGGACCCUCCACCCAAACACCAGCGUGCUGGACUGCAUGGAGACGUUCAGCAAGGGCGUGCACAGGGCGCUGGUGCCGCUGGAGAGCUCGGCGCCGGACACCAUCGUGGCCGUGGAACUCGUGGAGUCGGCGCCGGCUUACAAGAUGGUGACCCAGAUGGACGUGGUCCGGUUCCUGCGCGACCACGGCGCCGAGCUGGGCGCCGUCCUGUCGCGCACCGUCGGGGGCCUCGGCGCCGCCAGCGAGGCCGUGCUGGCCGUGGCGAGCCGCACCACGGUCAUCGAGGCCGUCCGCACGAUGCGCGCCGCCUCGCUCACCGCCGUCCCCGUCGUCGACGCCCCCGUCGACGCCUACGUCCUGCAAGACGGGAGGGGGAAGAAGGUGGUGGAGACGUUCUCGGCGACGGACCUGCGGGACUGCCCCGUGGCGCGGCUGCGGGCGUGGCUGGGGGCCGGCGUGACGGAGUUCAAGGAGAAGGUGGCGGAGUACCGGCGCGAGGGCGGCAGGAGGCCCCUUGACUCGGCGGCGGCUGGUGACGGCGGCGCCCAGGCCACGGACGACGGCUACGACACCGACGAUGAAGACGACACCGCGGCAGGCAGGGGUGGUGGUGAGGAAGAGAAGCGGAUGGUGACGUGCACGAUGGAGAGCACGCUGGGGGAGGUGGUGGAGAAGGCGGUGGAGAACCACGUGCACCGGCUGUGGGUGGUGGAUGAGGAAGAAGGAUUGCUCCGUGGGGUGGUUUCGCUGACAGACGUGCUCCGGGUCGUCAGGGAGGCCGCCCUCGGCGAGGAUCAGGAGCUGCACAGCCUGCAAGACAUUGUGUCGUCCUAGACUAUAGAGCUAGUCCUUUUUUCUUUUCUUUUUUAAUGUUUGGCGAGGAUCAGGGAGACCCGAGACGUACGCCCAGCAUCAUGUUUGGACGAUGGAUGGGCGCAUGUCAGCAUGUCAGGGAGACCCGAGAUGUAUCUUUUGCUUGUUGUUUUAACCUGGUUUUCUGAUUCGAACUUUGACAUUUGGGUCA